GACGACUCUGUGAGGGAGGGGUCGCUAGUUCACACAGCAAACAAAAACCGCGAGGUUUCCAGGACCCGGAUAAUCCCGCCCUGAGAGCAGAGCCGGAAGAAGGCGGGACGAACCGGAAGAAGGUGAAAUGCUUUCGGUAGGCACUCAACGGCUGUGAAGAUGGCGCCGGCUGCGUGUCUUCAGGUGUUCCCUGUCAUCCUUCUGCUUCUGGGAGCUCAGCCGUCCCCACUGUCGCUUUUCAGUACGGGACCGGCACCAGUGGCUGCUGCCGACCGGUCCAAAUGGCACAUUCCGAUACCGUCGGGGAAAAAUUAUUUUAGUUUUGGAAAGAUCCUCUUCAGAAAUACCACUAUCUUCCUGAAAUUUGAUGGAGAACCUUGUGAACUGUCUUUGAAUAUAACCUGGUAUCUGAAAAGUGCUGAUUGUUACAAUGAAAUCUAUAACUUCAAGGCAGAAGAAGUAGAGUCAUAUUUGGAAAAACUUAAGGAAAAAAGAGGCUUGUCUGGGAAAUAUCAAACAUCAUCAAAAUUGUUCCAGAACUGCAGUGAACUCUUUAAAACACAGAGCUUUUCUGGAGAUUUUAUGCAUCGACUGCCUCUUUUAGGAGAAAAACAGGAGGCUAAGGAGAAUGGAACAAACCUUACCUUUAUUGGAGAUAAAACUGCAAUGCAUGAACCAUUGCAAACUUGGCAAGAUGCGCCAUACAUUUUUAUUGUACAUAUUGGCAUUUCAUCCUCAAAAGAAUCAUCAAAAGAAAAUUCACCGCGUAAUCUUUUUACCAUGACUGUUGAAGUGAAAGGUCCCUAUGAAUACCUCACGCUUGAAGACUAUCCCUUGAUGAUUUUUUUCAUGGUGAUGUGUAUUGUAUAUGUCCUGUUUGGUGUUCUGUGGCUGGCAUGGUCUGCCUGCUACUGGAGAGAUCUCCUGAGAAUUCAGUUUUGGAUUGGAGCUGUCAUCUUUCUGGGAAUGCUUGAGAAAGCUGUCUUCUAUGCAGAAUUUCAGAAUAUCCGAUACAAAGGAGAAUCUGUCCAAGGUGCUUUGAUCCUUGCAGAGCUGCUUUCAGCAGUGAAACGCUCACUGGCUCGAACCCUGGUCAUCAUAGUCAGUCUGGGAUAUGGCAUUGUCAAGCCACGCCUUGGAGUCACGCUUCAUAAGGUUGUAGUAGCAGGUGCCCUCUAUCUUUUGUUCUCUGGCAUGGAAGGGGUCCUCAGAGUUACUGGGAAUUUUUCUGAUUCCUUGAUUCUGAUAGUAAACCUGGCCCUCUCAGCAAUUGAUGCCUGUGUUAUUUUAUGGAUAUUUAUUAGCCUGACUCAAACAAUGAAGCUGUUAAAACUUCGGAGGAACAUUGUAAAACUGUCUUUGUAUCGGCAUUUCACCAACACGCUUAUCUUGGCAGUGGCAGCAUCUAUUGUGUUUAUCAUCUGGACAACCAUGAAGUUCAGAAUAGUGACAUGUCAGUCGGACUGGCGAGAGCUGUGGGUAGAUGAUGCCAUCUGGCGCUUGCUGUUCUCCAUGAUCCUCUUUGUCAUCAUGGUUCUCUGGCGACCAUCUGCAAACAACCAGAGGUUUGCCUUUUCACCAUUGUCUGAGGAAGAGGAGGAGGAUGAACAAAAGGAACCUAUGCUGAAAGAAAGCUUUGAAGGAAUGAAAAUGAGAAGUACCAAACAAGAACCCAAUGGAAAUAGUAAAGUUAGCAAAGCACAGGAAGAUGAUUUGAAGUGGGUAGAAGAGAAUGUUCCUUCUUCUGUGACAGAUGUAGCACUUCCAGCCCUUCUCGAUUCAGAUGAGGAACGAAUGAUCACACACUUUGAAAGGUCCAAAAUGGAGUAAAGAAUGGGAAGAUUUGCAGUUGAAGAUGGCUACUAUCAGGGAAGAGAUCAGCAUCUGUGUCAGUCUUGUGUACUGCUCCAUGGGAUUAAAGGAGGCAAUGACAUCCUGAUCUGAUCCUUGAUCUUUGGGCAUUGGAAUUGGCAAGAGGUGUCAGAACAAAGAGAACAUCUUACUGAAAAGUUCAUAGGAUGAGAAAAAUCUACAAGCUUCUUAUUUACAACACUGAUGCCCCCUUUCCUCGCAGACUCUGACAUGGAUGUUCAUGCAACUUAAGUGUGAUGUUCCUGAACUUUCUGUAACAUUUCAUUUUUUUAAUCUUUCAAACUAAAAAGUUUAACGUCUUCUAAAGGACUGUCAUCAACACCAUAAUAUGUAAUCUCCAGGAGCAACUGCCUGUAAUUUUUAUUUAUUUAGGGAGUUACAUAGGUGAUGGGGGAAAUUGUUAACUACCUUUUAUUUUCCUGAGAAGUCAAAGCUACAUCUUGUAGAGGUUGUUGAGAAAAAAGGGCCCUUCUGAGUUAAGGAGCCAUAGUUCUAUCAAUGAUCAAAAGAGAGGGGAAAAAAACCUGUUACAGUAUGAUUUAGAUCAUUUAACAAAGCAAAAUCAAGUGCAAUUUUGUUUACAAAUGGUGUAUAUUAAAGAUUUUUCUAUUUCAGAUGUACUUUAAAGAGAAAUAUUAGCUUAACUCUUUUGACAUCUGCUAUUGUGACACAUCCCAUUGCUGGCAAUGUGGUGCACACUCUGACCGAAACUUUUAACUACUGUUUUGUAAGCCUCCAAGGGUGGCAUUGCAGGGUCCUAGGCAUUGUUUUGUUUGCCUUUAUGCAGAGAGGUGCUCCAAGUGCUGUGAUUGAGAGCCGUGCUAGAGGAACUGUAAUGCUUCAGAAGUGGGUGUUUAUACAAAGGAAACAGGUCCUGCUGGCUUAAUUUAAACAGUUAUUGCAUGAAGUAGCUUGGAGGCCCUGGACUGCUGCUUUUUCUUUAGGAUGGACUGUUCUGGUAGCCGGUAUUGGUUUAGAGACUGUUUAUAAGGGACAUCACGAGGUGAUGGGAUUCAUUUGAAGCACUCUAUUUCUGUUUUAAUGGUUUUAUCCAAUUUUGCCUUCCCAAGAUUUUUGUUCUACAUAAAAAGUUCAUGCCACUUUUUAAUAUAAAAAAUUUUAACAAAAAUUAAUAUGUUUCUUAUUUUUUUUAAACUUUUUGUUCUUCUCAAACUCAUGAAAAAUUUUUUUCCAUGGCUUUUAUUCUAGAUUGUCUUACUUUCUGUUAAAACAAAUGACCACAUGACCACAAUCUUCACCAACUUAUACUGCAGUGAAAGUGUUAACCCUUAAAUAGUUUCUCUACAGCUCUUUGCUAUGGUAAUUUAAAAAUUUCCUAGGAAGUAUCUCUGAGGAACAGCAGUCUAACAACUGACUAGAUUCUCAUGCUAACUCAUUAGGCAAAGGUUGGUGGUAUUGUUGUAUGCUGCUAUUGCAUAUUAAAAUUUAGCAGAUGAGUAAUAAUUAUAAUGAAGCAGGAUAGAUGGUCAAAUAUUUUUUGAGGUUGGUUUGAUACUGACUUGAGAAUAGGAA